AUGGGGACCAGCCGGAAAGUGGACGCCAGCCGGCCCGCCCCUGCAGACUCCCGCUUCCGGCCCGGAGUCGGAGCCACGCCCCCUCCCUCUCCGCACGCAGGCGCGGACCCUCCAGCCAAGGCCUUGGCAGAAUUCCCUUUAGGGGUUAGGAGGACAAGGAGACAAGAGGUGUCAGAGCCAAUCUACUGCCAGCCUGGGGCACCAUUGUCGGUGACAGAAAUGAGGAUUCGAUACUCAAAGCUGGGUUUGCUGGCUACCUGCAUGCUUUCAUUGUGGCUGAUGGCCUCCUUCCUGGACCAGGAGUCCAGCCAGAAUAAUCUCCACAAGAUCUCAAGGACCUGCCACUGUCCCAGGAUGGAUUCCAGAAAGUGUGGCUGCCCGCCUAGUAUCCUCAGUUGCUCCCUCUGCCUCCACCUGCCUGGCGAGUCUGACUGGUUUGACCAACGUUUCCAAAAGGCCAUUGAGCCCCUGCAGAGGUCAGAAGAGUCCGCAUCUUCUGAUGCUCUGAUUCUGUGGCUGGGACUUCACAGGGUCCAGUCAGAGGGGUUUGAGAAAAGGAAGCAGCAUCCAACUAACGUGCCUCCUAGACGCCCACUGGGCCACGUGGGGUCCAGGUGCCUCACCUGUGCAGUGGUGGGAAAUUCAUGGUUCCUUCGGGGCUCUGGCCUUGGCUUCAGGAUUAACCAACAUGACAUGGUCCUCAGGAUGAACCAGGCCCCUGUCCAGGGCUUUGAGACAGAUGUUGGGAACACAACUACCAUGCGCAUCAUGUACCCUGAGAUCGCCAGUGCUCAGGAACCUGGCACCCAACUGCUGCUGCUUCCAAUGAAUUCCUCUGGUCUGAAAUUUUGGAUAUUCCAGUUACCUGCAGGAACCGAAGAGAACAAAGACAAGGUCCUGGUGAUCAGCCUCAACUUCCUCAAGUAUAUUCAGGAAAGAUGGCUGGACAACCAGGGUCAGUAUCCAUCCUUGGGGCUCGUAGCUCUGUUCUAUGCAUUGCAUACUUGUGACCAGGUCUCCUUGUUUGGUUUUGGGACAGAUCAUCUCAAAAGGUGGUCCCAUUACUGGGAUGAUAAAAAUUGGUUCGAGAGCACCAUGCAUGAUCCCCAAGCAGAGCACGAUGUCAUCCUUCGGCUGCAGUGUGAGGGGAAGGUUGCUAUCUACAGCUGA